AUGGAAUGUAUCCUGCCAAUGGUACAGAUGUCUGGCCAGUCUAUAAAGCUGCAGAUUCAUCAGAACCUUCAAACCACAACAGCUCACAGCACCAAAUCAGAAAAGAGAGAGGCUAACUCAGGACAGAAUCAAGUGACAGUCCCAACUGGAAAUUAUCUACAGAGUGGUCAAUGUCAUGAUAAAAAUAAUUUUAAAAUAGUAACAACUGUGAAGAAUAUCAAAUUGAUUGUUACAUGUGGAAAUGCAUUCUCUGAGUUUGCGGAUGCUCAUGUGGAAAUUCCAGGCAAAGGGAAAUGUUUAAAAGUCUUACGCAAUAACGAGUUACUAUAUUCUAUUACAAGCAAUACAGGAGGUUUAAGCAGACUAUGUGAGAAAACUUUGGAGAAAUGCAACCGUGAUAAGCUGAUGACUAUAUGCAUAUCAGUUUCCCAGAGUCUUCCUUCAGGUGUCACAAUGAAAAUGUGUGUCUCUAGUGUGUUGAAAGCUGUUGAAGAUUUUACAGCAAAAUAUCCCAAUUCAUUUCUGAUGUGUAUAAAAUUAAUCAGCACCACUCCUGAGAUUUUGACAGCAUUCAAGGAAGAAGAAAGCACAAAAUCACAAAAGAGUGGAAACAUGUUGUCAAGUUUUACAAAACCAAUUUGGUCCUUCUUUGGUGGGGCUUCAUCACUAUCUCAGGCUAAUGAAGUAUCAUCAGAGGGUGAUAUUGCACCAGUCAUUUUAAAAAUGUAUGCCUUAAAGAAGGAAAGUAUUCUGAAGGCACUUGAAGAUAUUCAGCUUUUACUGAAUAAAGAAUACAUGACAAGAGAUCUUGACAUUGAACUUGAUAUGUUCUCUAAUGAGGACAUUGAAAAAAUAAAACAAUUUAAUAGUAAUGUUGAGGUCUGCUUUAAUAAGGAAACCAGUAGAAUAUAUAUAUCUGGGUUUAUUUCUGAAAUAUGUGAGCUGCAAGAUAAGAUAAUGACUCUUUCCCGCACAUUACAACAGAGCAGAACUGCAGAACAGGAAGCAAAACACCUUCAAGAAAAAGUUUGCUGGAAAUUUUUGAAAGAUGGAAUAUGGAUGGAUUUCAAUUUUAAAGUUAAUGCACGCCUAGAAGGAGCAUACCAGGAUAAUGUCAAAGAGGUUGAUGUUGAAGUCGAUGGUGUAUAUAUUCUUUUUAACAUGGAAAAUAAAAUGUUAAAGCUAGGUAACACUGAUAUUCGCAUUUGCCGUAGAAAUCCUGCAGAUGGGAUGAUACUGACUUGGAAGGCAAGUGCAGAGAAGUUCCUUUACACCAUGACACUCAAGAGUACCAAGAAAUAAAGAAUGAUUUUGUAAAGACAUUUACACAGACACCAGAUGUUCAGGGUUUUGAGCUCUGGAGAAUCGAGAACCCCAGUCUUUGGAGAAUGUACAUUGCAAAAAGGAGGGAAAUGAGAAGACUGAAACAAUUUUCAGAUCCAGAAAGUAUUCUUUAUCAUGGAACAAAUUCAGAUACAUGUUCAAAAAUCAAUGCAGAUGGUUUUAACCGAAGCUACUGUGGUAAAAAUGCAACAAUAUGGGGUGAAGGAACAUACUUUGCAACAUCUGCAGAGUAUUCUGCAGUUGAUACAUAUUCCGUACCUGAUUCAGUAACAGGAGAAAAAUGGAUGUACAGAGCAAGAGUUCUUACAGGGGAGUUCUGCAAAGGACAAAACGGGAUCAAAGAACCACCUGUUAAAGAUUCAACAAAACGUCUUGAACGAUAUGACAGUGUUGCAAACAAGCUUGUUAAGCCUGAUCUUUUUGUUAUAUUUCAUGAUAAUCAAGCUUAUCCUGAAUACCUUAUCAAGUUCACGUUGAGAUAAUCCUAGUGAUUAUUAAAUCGUAACUACAGGACAGAAUGUUUCCUUGAACUGUAUUUACUUAUCUGUGACAGAAAUUAUUAUUUCAGAGAGCUAUGAAAAAUAAAUACUGAAACUGAGUGAUGUGCAUUUUGAUGUUGUAUGACGUAUUUCAGCAAAAUCAUUCUAUUUGAAUUGCCUGCAUUUUUUUCAAAAUGCUGAAUAUGUACAAGAUAAAAAUUAAGACUUCAGAGGAUUGUGUUGGGCAUGGCAUUAAGCUAUUUUGUCACUUAACUACUUCUUACAGCUUUGACUUUAUUGAAAUGUUAUUGAAAUGUAUUACAUUUAUAAAACAGACUCAUAACCACAUACACCUUUUAUGUGUGCAUUUAUCCAAAACCUUGCCAUAUAUCUUGUAGAUAAAAAGUCAUAUCUGAGCAAAAGUUUUGAUUAAUAAAAUGUAGCACUGUCCUGCAUGUGUCAUCAAAAUGUACCAGAUUAGGUCAGAGAGAGAAAAAGUCAGCUUUGGUAGACCCGGUGUUUGAGAAAAGGUACCAGGAGUAGCUGAUGGCUGAUAUAUGUGGGAAAAAUUACUCAAACAUUUCAAUAUCAAGUUCAUGUUUGUUUAGCACAAAAAUAUCAAUAAAGUUGUUUAUUUUUAA